GUUACAGUGGAGGGACUGAAGGUUGUGGAGAUUGAGAAGUGCAAAAAUGACCUAAAGAAACUACGAGAUGAGAUGACAUCCAGAGGAGGAGGGAGAGUCGGGAACUGUCCCUGCAAGUACAACUUCUCAGACGACGGGAAGAAGCUUAAUCCCAGACGUGACGUCCCAAGUUAUCCAAAGUACACCUUAUCCCAGGAGACUAUUGAAGCACUGAAGAAGCCAACAUUCGAUGUCUGGCAUUGGGAACACAAUGAGAUGCUGAGCUGCUUAGAGUACAUGUACCAUGACCUGGGACUGGUGAAGGAAUUCAACAUGAACCCCAUCACUCUCAAACGCUGGCUGCUGGGCAUUCAGGAGAACUAUCGCAGCAACCCGUUCCACAACUUCCGCCACUGCUUCUGUGUCAGUCAGAUGAUGUAUGGCAUGAUUAACCUGUGUAACCUGCCGGAGAAGAUGACUCUGACGGACAUGGGCAUUCUCAUGACAGCUGCAGUGUGCCACGACCUGGACCACCCCGGCUACAACAACACGUACCAGAUCAACGCUCGCACAGAGCUGGCCGUGCGUUACAACGAUAUAUCUCCCCUGGAGAACCAUCACUGCGCCGUGGCCUUCCAGAUCCUUUCGCUGCCCGAGUGCAACAUAUUCGCCAACGUCGAAUUGGAGGCCUACAAGCAGAUCAGACAGGCCAUCAUUACCCUGAUCUUGGCCACAGACAUGGCCCGGCAUGGAGAGAUAUUAGACUCCUUCAAACAUAAAGUGGACAGCUUUGACUUCACCAACGAGGAGCAUGUGACAUGCCUGAAGAUGGUUCUGAUCAAAUGCUGCGACAUCUCCAACGAGGUCCGGCCUACCGAGGUGGCCGAACCCUGGGUGGACUGUCUGCUGGAGGAGUACUUCAUGCAGAGUGACAGGGAGAAGACUGAAGGGCUGCCGGUGGCUCCGUUUAUGGACAGAGACAAAGUGACCAAGCCCACUGCCCAGAUUGGAUUCAUCAAGUUUGUCCUCAUCCCAAUGUUUGAGACAGUCAUGAAGCUCUUCCCCCAGAUUGAGGAGAUCAUGGUGCAGCCUCUGAGAGACUCUAGAGACCACUAUGAGGAGCUGAAGCAGAUCGAUGACGCCAUGACAGAGGGCUCUGGCUCUCGUUUUAUGAUCCAAAAAUUCAAAAAGGUCAUGGGUCGUCCUGAUCUGCGUCUUUGAAGAUGGAGGGUGAAAAGACUUGUCUUCUACACACUGAACCAACCUCAGACUACAUGGAACCUCCUGGUUGAUCACCACUGUUUUGUUAUGAACAUUACAGAAGGACAAUCGCUCUGUUUCAAUGUCCACACUAGCAUACUACAUAGGAUGAAUUCAUGUAUCAAGCACAUUGGAAUAUAGCUCAUCUGAACGCUAGUUGGUCAUUAUCCACGGCUGUGUAUAUACAGGCAGCCCAAUUCUGAUCUUUUUGCCCAAUUGUUGGAAAAAUAUCUGAUCUGAUUGGUCAAAAUACCAAUAAUUGGGCAAAAUAUCAUAAUUGGUCUGUCUAUGUAUACACAACCUAUCAUAAUUUCUGAGUGACAAUUGGUCAUUGUAGGUAUAUUUUUUGCCAUAUUUUCUGCUUUCUGUUUUUAGUCACACUCGUUGAUGUUGCCUAUUACGGUAUAAUGAAUAACAACUAAGACGUUUACUGCAACACUGUCUUUUCCUUUUACAAGUCUCCUAUUCAAAUGCAAAACUGUUUCUAAAACAGUUUGAAUAAAUUGACCCUUAAUUUAACCAUGUCAAGUACACAGCAUAUUUUAACAUAAUUAUUAGAGGUUUAAACAUUGUUACAACAAAUUCUACUAAUUAUCCCCUAGUGUGUGCACUGAAUGAAUUUACAUAAAUUCAUAUUUUGAGGUUUGUGUAAUAGCACAUCCAUUGUUGUUCAAUAUAUUCAGUCUUAGAUACAUGUUGUACGUUAUUACAGAAGUAUUUCAUUACAAUCUAAAAUGUUAUUCUUGUAUUUUAUUUAUUUGUGCAUAGUACAUCCUACAUAAACUGUGCAAACUACAUUACAGUUGUAAAACAUGUUACAUCCUUUUAUACAAAAUGUGCCACCUAGUAAUAAGGUUACUAAGAAGAGAUCAAAAUGUCAUUCUCGUCGACGGUUCAUGAGUAAUACCAUUGACUCUUCUCUGAAUGGUGCAGGGAUGAAUGAACCAAUGGCUGAUCCAGCUCGGGAGUCUUUGAAAGCUUGUGUACUUUACUUGAUAUCUGUAUUCUGAUGUGUAUGCUUUAUGCACAAUGCGGAUGGCCCACGCUUACGCUUGGAUUUCCUGCUCGUUGUCAUUUAGGAAAACCAUUUUAAGAGCGUGGUAGUCCAUAGCUUCGGGCUUUGAGGGGGUAUGUGUUGAAACAGGACUUCUUUGACAGUUUUGUUGUACAACUCCAAACUACCACUUAACCCACAUCUCUCUAUAGGAAAAAGAUAAGUGGGUGGUAUUCAACAGGUACAGUAGAUUUACUAUGGCCUGUUUCAUAACCUUCAUUUAUUGCAACCUGUUUCACAUUUCCAAGAGUGAUAAUUGUCUAUCUGUAAGACGAUACUUACAUACAGUAUGCUUCCACUUUUUAUGACCUACAUGAUUCUGAUGACAUUUGGAUGAUAAAGCUCUGAAGAUUCCAAAGAGAUAGGAUGUCAAUACUGACUUGAAUGUUUUCUGCAGGUCUGCUGGUAGAUAAUAGUGACUUUUGGAAAAUUCCACAGGGACAAACAGAGAUGGAAAUAACUUUCUUCUGUACUUUUUCCCUGCUACUUGGCCUCACGUCUAAGUCCUUUUCACCACUGGAACUGUUUGAUGGGGUCUUUGGGCUGAACUCGAGUAUGGCCUAGUCAUUUUGUUUAGAGGGAACUAUCUUUAUACAAUAUGUUGCAUGGAUAUAAAGGACAUCAACCACCUGAGCCACGACCUGUUCACCCCGUUAUCAUCAAGAAGGCGAGGCCUGUACAGGUGCAUCAAGGCUGGGACCGAGAGACUAAACAACAGCUUCUAUCUCUUGGCCAUCAGACUUUUAAAUAGCCAUCACUAGCCGGCUACCACCCAGCUACUCAACUCUGCACCUCAGAGGCUACUGCCCUAUAUGUAUACAACUGGUCAAAAGCUUUAGAACACC